ACCCAAAAAAUUGAUCCAAUAACCUUAUUAUCGAUUCGGGUUUAUAUUGAUUGAUUUGACUCGAAAUUUUCACGGGCCUGAAUCAUAGACACUCCAAGCCCAACACAAACGGGUAAGCCCAGCGUCUGCUCGUUUCAAUAAAAGCAUCGGCAUAAAACUUCGGAAUACAUUUAAAAAAAGAAAAAAACUGAUUCCGAAAAAAAAAGGCAAAAUGAAAGCGCGGGAAAACAAAAGACGGCAACCGCUGCGGCGGCCGCGAAAGGCGAAGAUUGGAGACACCGAAGAAAUGCAGGACGAAGAUCUGGAGUUAGAGAAAGUUAAGCUUAUAAGCUUAGCACUCGAAUUCGGAUUUGAUGAAGACUCCGCUAAAACGUGCUUGAAUCGCCUCGUUGAGCUCUACGGUGAUGAUGGGCGAGAUUUCAUCAGUGUGGAGCACUGCGGAGAUGAUUUUCUUGCGGCACUGGCAGAAUCUAUGCAAGACACUGAGGAAUGGGAUGAUUUGCAAGCCAUUGAAACAGAGGCAUGUGGAGCUCUAGCUGAUAUGUUGGGUAAGGAUGCUCGUGACAACUGUGAUGAGGAUUCUGACACCUAUGUCCAUGUUAUUGAGGAUUCACCCCAACAGAAAAGGAGUGCAAAAACAGUAAUGUUGGAUUCUUCAAGUGACAGUGAAGAGAUGGAUAUUAGCUUUGCAAGCAAAGAGGAUGUCCCCUCUACGUCUAAGAUUCAUCCUGAUAGAAUCCACCAAGGCAGGACUCCACAAUCAGGGUGUCAUACCUCAACGCCAAUGGAUUAUACAAGUGUGGUUACUGAAAGUUCAUUUUCAUCAGUCUCCGCUGAAAGGGAUUGUACCUUGGCAUCAAAUCACGGGGAUAGAACCCUUAGUUAUGAAGAGUUGCAAAGGUUGGACAAUAUUGAACUGGCAAAUGUGGUAGUAUUUGGGAACAGGUCCUUUCGGCCAUUACAACAUCAAGCUUGUCAAGCAUGUCUCCAAAAACGUGAUUGUUUCGUUCUUAUGCCAACUGGAGGUGGUAAAAGUCUUUGCUACCAGCUUCCAGCGAUUGUUCAACCUGGCGUUAUGAUUGUUGUAUCCCCCCUACUUUCGCUAAUUCAGGAUCAGAUAAUCACCCUUAACCUCAAGUUUGGGAUACCAGCAACCUUUUUAAAUUCGCAACAAAAUCCAUCACAAGCUGCAGCUGUACUACAAGAAUUAAGGAAAGAUAUUCCAUCUUGCAAGCUCCUCUAUGUAACUCCAGAGAGGAUAGCUGGAAAUUUGUCAUUUCAAGAAACCUUAAAAUGUAUGCAUCGAAAGGGACAAUUGGCUGGUUUUGUUAUCGAUGAGGCUCACUGUGUGAGCCAAUGGGGACAUGACUUUCGCCCAGAUUAUAGGGUAUUAGGAUGUCUUAAGCAAAAUUUUCCAGAUGUUCCAGUGAUGGCAUUAACUGCCACAGCAACCCACGCAGUCCGUCAAGAUAUCUUGAGUGCUUUAAGAAUUCCUCGUGCCCUUGUCCUUGAAACCAGCUUUGAUAGAUCCAAUUUAAAGUAUGAAGUAAACGGAAAGAGCAAAGAGCCACUCAAGCAACUAGGGAAUCUAUUAUUGGAUCGAUUCAAGAAUCUAUCUGGAAUUGUUUACUGCCUAUCAAAAAGUGAGUGCGUGGAUGUCUCAAAAUUUUUGAAUGAGAAGUGCAAAAUCAAAACAGCAUACUAUCAUGCUGGUUUAGCAUCUCGUCAGAGGGUUGCAGUUCAGAAGAGGUGGCGCACUGGGGAGGUUGAUAUCGUUUGUGCAACUAUUGCUUUUGGAAUGGGAAUCGAUAAACCCGAUGUUCGGUUCGUUGUUCACAAUACGAUGUCCAAAUCUAUUGAAAGUUAUUAUCAGGAAGCUGGAAGGGCAGGAAGAGACAGCCUUCCUGCUACAUGUGUCAUAUUAUACCAAAAGAAGGAUUUCAGUCGAGUUGUAUGCAUGCUAAGAAGUGGGCACGGCUAUAAAAAGGAAAGCUUGAAGAGGGCCAUGGAACAAGCUCGAAAAAUGCAGAAAUACUGUGAACUUAAGACUGAAUGCCGUAGAAAAUUGUUACUUGAACACUUUGGAGAGGCCUUUGACCAAAAUUCCUGUAAGAAUGGUUCCAAUCCAUGUGACAACUGUCUCAAGUCCUUAACACAGUGAGCUUGAAUGGAGAUAGUGACUUUUAAAGGUUUGAGCAGCUGUUGCUUACAGGUUCAGUUUUGAUAAAGUAAAUUUGGUAGGUUUCAUUUUUGACUAACUAGUACUGUGGUCGCCGUCUCAUACAACAAGGUGCUCAUCUUCAAUAGGCAAAAGAUGCAUCUUGAAGUGCCAGUCCUGCUCUUAUGGCCCAAUGAGAGGUGAAAGUCAUCUUAUUUUGACCCAAAGCUAAAUCAAAUGCUCGGCUUGAAGAAAGAAAAAGUUAAAUGGAUGUGGACACGUGGUUGUUGCGAUUUUGGCAGCUGAUAUUGUACAUGUUAAGUUACCUCAACAUUAAUGAGAGAUGGUUAUCUUUAUUGAAUGCUUGUUCAUCAAAGUCAAAUAGUACAUAUUUGGGUUGUUCCUCAUGAUCUGCCUUGAAGCCUUAAUGCAUGAGUUUUGUUAGGAACCGUUUCAUAUGUGGUGGGAAAUGACAACUCCUUGUAUCAUUAAAUUAAACUCUUAGCAAGGUGGCUUGUUAUUGAAUCUCAUUCACGUAACUCUUGUCCCUUAUUUAUUUCUCUAGCUCCAGUUUUCUUGUUGACUAUACUGUUUCUUGGAUCAAUGAAAGAAUGUAUUUUCUUGUUAAAA